AUGGGUAAAAUUUCUGUAAGUGAUACUAAGGGAAAACAACGCCACAACCCUUUAUAUAAGGAUAUUUCAGAACAAGGUGGUAAUCUUCGUUCUGCUCCAAAACAUGCAAACUUUCAACAAAAGAACAAGAAGCAAGAAGAAGAGGGCUUCUUAGAUGCUUCUACAUCGAGAAAAAUUUUACAACUUGCCAAAGAACAGCAACAGGAAAUUGACGAAGAAGAAGACUCAGCCAAGAUUGAGGACAAACCCGUUUUCACGACCUCAUCUUACAAAGAUAAGGACUUCGAUUCUGAAGACGAAGAAGAGUAUUCUGAAUUUGAAGUGGAUGAAGAAUACGAAGAGGAAGGAGAUGAAGAAUAUGAAGUUGAUGAGAGGGACGCAGAAAUGUUUGAGAAGUAUUUGCAAUCUACAGGAUCAAAUGGGGGCUCCUUUAAUUUGGCAGACAAGAUUAUGGCUAAGAUUCAAGAAAAGGAAGAAAGUAAGGCUUCUCCUGCCUCAUCUUCAGUGUUGAAGCAAAAGCCUGUAGAUGCUGUGUUGCUUCCUCCAAAGGUGAUUGCCGCUUACGAGAAGAUUGGACAAAUCUUGUCGACAUAUACACAUGGUAAAUUGCCAAAGUUGUUUAAAGUUUUGCCUACAUUGAGAAAUUGGGAAGACGUUCUUUAUGUCACAAAUCCAGAAGGUUGGACUCCACAUGCUGUUUACGAAGCCACCAAAUUAUUCGUUUCCAACUUGCAAGCGCCUGAAGCACAAAAGUUCGUAGAACAAGUGUUACUUGAGAGGUUCAGAACUUGCAUCGAAGAAACCGAAGAUCACUCUUUGAAUUAUCAUCUUUAUAGAUCAUUAAAGAAAUCUUUAUAUAAACCUGCAGCAUUUUUCAAAGGAUUUUUACUUCCCUUAGUUGAUGGAUAUUGUUCCGUCAGAGAAGCCACUAUAGCCGCUUCUGUUUUAGCAAAGGCUUCAGUUCCAGUAUUGCACUCAUCAGUUGCUUUAACACAAUUACUUCAAAGAGACUUCAAACCUGCCACUACAGUAUUCAUAAGGGUUUUAAUUGAAAAGAAAUAUGCAUUACCAUACCAAACUUUAGAUGAAUUAGUUUUUUACUUCAUGAGAUUUAGAAAAGUUGAACAGGAAUCCCUUAUGGCUGAUUCUGAAGAAAAAUUACCUGCAUUACCAGUGGUUUGGCACAAAGCAUUCUUAGCAUUUGCACAACGUUAUAAGAAUGACAUAACAGAUGACCAGAGAGAUUUCUUGUUGGAAACUGUAAGACAAAGAUUCCAUUCUGGUAUUGGACCUGAAAUUAGAAGAGAAUUACUUGCAGGAAAUGCAAGGGUUACAAGUCAAGCUCCAGUAAAGGAAGCUGUAAUGAUAGACGCUUUCUGA